UUUCAAAAUGUAAAUAGACCAUGCCAUUUCGAUAUGAUCAUUGUUUCCUCAUAUAUCAAGUAAUUUUGAAACAGGUGACUAUUCAGAAGAUGCAGGGAGAUGUUGAUCCAAGAAAAAUUGGAGACAAUGGAGAUCCUGUACUUUCUCAAGACCGAAGCUUGAAAAGCCGGCAGAGCAAUGACCAUACAGAUGAAAAUGAUGAAAGUUUUACUGAAGACAGGGACUUGAACAUUCUUUUAUCACAGAAUUCUGAACAAGAAAGCAGCUUCAGAUCAUCUGUUGGGGGCAAUUCUAGCUUCAAAUCAGUUCUCAGACAAGACUCAAUGCCUCCAAAGGGUGCAGUCGAUGGCAUCACAACAAAAAACCGCUUGCAUCGUAGAACAAGCACAGAUUGGUCAAUGGGUUCAAGGUCAGAUGGAAGUUUAGUUGGCUCAACAAACAGCCCUGAACAGAGCCUUGCAAGAGAGUUUCAAGAAGGUUCAGAUGAAACCAUUGGAAGACUGAAAAGUGAAUUAUCUAGUCUAAUGAGGCAGUCAGAAUUAUCAGAAUUGGAAUUACAGACUCUUCGGAAACAGAUUACCAAAGAGAGUAGAAGGGGGCAGGAUUUAUCAAUACAGGUUAAGGAACUUGAAGAGGAAAGAGAUGAGCUCAAAACAGAAUGUGAGCAGCUCAAGUCUUCAAGAAAAUCUGUUGAAGGAGAAUCCCUGAAUCAAUUGCGAGCCGAGUACGAGGAUUCUUUGGCUCAGCUAGAAGAAAUCAGGCGAGAGCUUAGUCAUCAAAAGGAUUUGAACACCAAUCUUAAGUUGCAACUCCAGAAAACACAAGAUUCAAAUUCUGAGUUGAUUCUUGCUGUGGGAGACCUUGAUGAAAUGCUGGAGGAAAAAAAAAGGGAAAUAUCUUGUCUGUCCAGCAAGCUAGAGGAGGCUCAGGAGAAAAAAUGCAAAUGCAGCAUGAAAGAGGGCACGGAUCAGCAUGCAGUGCUUGCUCCGGAAGAAAAGGCUAGGGAAGAUGAUGAAUUAUGUCUGCUGAAGCAAAGGGUCAUAGACCUAUCUGAUGAAAUUGAGGUCCACAGAGAAAAUAGAGAAAAACUGGAGAAUUAUAUCGAACAACUCACACAGGACUUUGAGAAUCUAAAGCAGGAAAACUAUGAUGUAUCUUCCAAGUUAGAGCAGAGCAAGAUACAAGAACACAAAUCGUCAGAAUCUUUGGCUACCAUUAAAGAACUUGAAUCACAGGUACAGAGAUUAGAGGAAAGAUUGAAGACGCAAACACAAGAAUUCUCAGAAUCUUUGGUUUCCAUCAAUGAACUGGAAAUUCAGGUCAAAGGGUUGGGGAAAGAACUGGAAAAACAGGCACAAGGAUUUGAAAAUGACCUUGAUGCCAUGACACAUGCCAAAAUUGAGCAGGAACAGAGAGCUAUCCGUGCAGAAGAGGCCUUGAGGAAGACAAGGUGGAAAAAUGCUGUUACAGCAGAGCGGAUUCAGGAGGAAUUCAGAAAACUUUCUGUGGAAAUGGCAGGCAAGUUUGAUGAGAAUGAGAAGCUGACAAAGAAAUCAAUAUCAGAAGCUGAUGAACUCCGAGCACAGAACAGAAUUCUGGAAGACAAUCUUCGGAAAGCUAACGAAGAGCUUGCACUGGUGAUGGACCAGAAGGGAGUAAAAAUGGAAGAACUAUCAAUGCAACUAGAUUUGAAGACAAAACAUGUAGAGCAUAUGUCAGUGGAAUUAGAAGAUGCUUCCAACCAACUGAAGCAAGGAGGAGAAAUGCAAGAGGCUUUCCAAGUUGAAAUUCAAAUGCUGAAAAAGGAGAUAGAGACACUCAGAAAAGAGAAGAAUGACAUCUCUGAGCAGGAAAAGGUGAACUUAAGAGAUGAAACAGAGAAAUUGAAGACAUCUUGUGAAGAAACAAAUAUACUAACAGAAAGAUGGAAAAGAGAGAGAGAGGAAAUAGAGGAAAAAAUUGCAUAUGCAAAGAAGGAAGCAGAAAACACAAGGCAAGAAUUAGUCAUUGUGAGGUCGUUAAAGGAUGAAAAAGAGGCAAUGAUCAAGAACCUUUCAUCGCAACUUCAAAGCCUCAGAGAUCAGCAGAUUGCGUUAAAACAUAGCCUGUCCGAAGAAGAAUGGGAGAGAGAAAAACUGCAGCAACAAGUAAUCAAAUUAAAGGGUGAACUGCAAAAGAAGGAACAUGGAAAUACUAGUGUAAUGGAGAAGCUCUCUUUUUCAGAUGAAAAGAACUUGACUCCAAUGGACGAUGAAAUGCAGAUGAAAGGAAGAAAGGGUAUUGAAAGAAAAGCAAGAACUUGCUCAAAGGAAGAACUAGUAGUGGGCACUUUCCACCCAAUGGAUGAGGGUAAUCUAACUGAACUGUUGACAGAAAUGGCUCAGCUAAAAGAAAAGAACAAAUGUAUGGAAUUUGAGCUAAAAGAAAUGCAAGAGAGAUACUCAGAGAUCAGCCUCAAAUUUGCAGAAGUAGAAGGUGAAAGGCAACAGCUUGUCAUGACUGUACGAAACCUCAAGAAUGGUAAGAAAAGCUAGCAUUCUUACUCUUUCAGACAUGGAUGUCAGACAAAGAAAUGAAGCGUGAGUGAAGAAGCAUCUGCUAAAGUGAGCCUCUGACGAGCAAGACUGUUGUUCUGUUCAACAUUAUGCACGUUGUAAUGGGAGUUGAGCUAGAGGUGCUCUAGAAGCAGGACAAAAGUUCAGAAAGGAGUAGAUCUUUCACUAAAAACAUAGUAAUUACAUGCUCCUUUGCUUUAUGCGGAUUUUGUGUACUCCUUAUUUGUGAUGUUCAUGUAGGCUAUAUAGUUGAAGUAUUAGUGCCUAAGCUGAAACGUGGUUAUAUUGAGAAACUACAAGACUGAAAGUGAGAUAUAUAAAAAGAGAUACCAAAUUUCAGACA